AAGCUGUGGCUCUGUGGCACCUGCGCAGAAAGGUGCGUUAAGAUGGAGGUUGCUGGAGGAGAAGGCUGUGAGGCGACGGUGGUGUUUCUCUGAGAUGAAAUACGUAAUAGCUUUUAUUUCAGAGACGCCGUGGGAUUGUAGCUGGGACUGCUCUGCAGUGCACAAGAUGGAAGACGAAGACAGACAGAAUGCAGAAGAAGAAAGGAUUUUGCAGGCCAACAAUAGAAGGUUCAACUCUCUUUUUGACUAUCCGGACAAUUCCAUCAAGACAUCAAAGUAUAGUUUCUUUAACUUCCUGCCCAUAAACCUGUUUGAACAGUUCCGGAGACUUGCAAAUGCCUAUUUCCUCAUUUUGCUGUUCCUACAGUUGAUCCCACAGAUCUCCUCCCUGGCCUGGUACACAACUGUGAUACCCCUGAUUGUGGUGCUGUCCAUAACUGGAGUGAAAGAUGCCGUCGAUGAUGUGAAAAGACACCGAAGUGACCAGCAAGUCAACAACCGCUCUGUUUUGAUCCUGGUGAAUGGCAGGGUUGAGGAGAACAAGUGGAGGGAUGUGCAAGUAGGAGACAUAAUCAAGCUGGAAAACGACCGUCCUGUCACGGCAGAUGUACUGUUACUCUCUAGCAGUGAGCCCUACGGUCUGACAUACAUUGAAACAGCAGACCUGGAUGGUGAAACCAACCUGAAAGUGAAGCAGGCCAUCUCUGCUACCAGUGACAUGGAGGAUAACCUGGAGCUGCUGUCUGCCUUUAAUGGAGAAGUUAGAUGUGAUCCUCCCAAUAACAAGCUGGACAAGUUUUCUGGAACACUGAGCUACCAGGGGGACACCUACGUACUGGACUCCGAAAGGCUCCUGCUCCGAGGCUGUGUCAUCAGGAACACAGACUGGUGCUAUGGUUUGGUCAUUUACACUGGGCCAGACACCAAAUUAAUGCAGAACAGUGGACGGUCUACCUUCAAACGAACACAUAUAGAUCAUCUCAUGAAUGUCCUUGUGGUCUGGAUUUUCUUGCUUUUAGGCGGAAUGUGUUUUCUGCUGGCGAUCGGACAUGGCAUUUGGGAGAACAACAGAGGCUACCACUUCCAAGCAUUUCUCCCAUGGGAACACUAUAUUACUUCAUCAGCUACGAGUUCUUCCCUCGCUUUCUGGUCCUACUUCAUAGUGCUCAACACCAUGGUACCCAUUUCCCUCUAUGUCAGUGUGGAGAUAAUAAGACUGGGGAACAGUUACUACAUCAACUGGGAUCGGCAGAUGUUUUACGCCCCAAAGAACACCCCAGCACAGGCUCGCACCACCACUCUUAAUGAGGAGCUCGGCCAGGUUGAAUAUGUGUUCUCUGACAAAACAGGAACCCUGACUGAGAAUGUGAUGAUUUUCGACAAAUGUUCUAUCAAUGGGAAGACCUAUGGUUAUUCCUACGACGACAAUGGACAGCAUGUGCCAAAAUCUCCAAAUAACAAGGUGGAUUUCUCUUACAACCACCUGGCCGACCCUAAGUUUUCAUUCUAUGACAAGACUUUGGUGGAAGCGGUGAAGAGUGAAGACCCUCUGGUCUACUUGUUCUUCCUCUGCCUCUCGCUGUGCCACACGGUGAUGUCAGAAGAGAAGGCGGAAGGUAAGCUGGUGUACCAGGCUCAGUCACCAGAUGAAGGUGCCCUGGUUACGGCUACUAGGAACUUUGGCUUUGUGUUCUGCUCCCGCACACCUGAGACCAUCACAGUGAUCGAAAUGGGGAAAAUCCGAGUUUACCACCUACUGGCUAUUUUGGACUUCAGCAGUGAGCGCAAGAGGAUGUCUGUUAUAGUUCGGACACCUGAAGAUCGGGUCAUGUUGUUCUGCAAGGGGGCAGACACCAUCAUCUAUGAGCUGCUGCAUCCGUCUUGUGUAUCCCUUGGUGAUGUGACCAUGGACCAUUUAGAUGAUUUUGCCAGUGAAGGCCUUCGCACCCUCAUGGUAGCUUACCGAGAGUUGGAUAAGGCAUUUUUCCAGAAGUGGAUUAAAAAGCAUGGUGAAGCCUGGCUGACGUUAGAGGAUCGAGAGAGGAAAUUAGCUCUAGUCUAUAAGGAAAUCGAGCGAGACUUGAUGUUACUAGGGGCCACAGCCAUAGAAGACAAGCUUCAGAAAGGAGUACCUGAGACAAUUGUCACCCUGAGCAAAGCCAAAAUUAAAAUAUGGGUUCUGACUGGCGAUAAGCAAGAGACUGCUGUGAACAUCGCCUACUCCUGUAGGAUAUUCAAAGAUGAAAUGGAUGGGGUGUUCAUGGUGGAAGGCAAAGAUAGCGAAACUGUUCUACAAGAACUCAGGACAGCAAGGAAGAAGAUGAAACCUGAGUCUCUGCUGGAAUCCGAUCCCAUAAACAUUUACCUGGCCAGGAAGCCCAAAAUGCCUUUCAAAGUGCUUGACGAGGUGCCCAACGGCAGCUACGGCUUGGUCAUCAGUGGCUACAGUCUGGCCUGUGCUCUAGAAAGGAACAUGGAGUUCGAGCUGCUGCGAACAGCAUGCAUGUGCAAGGGGGUGGUCUGCUGCCGGAUGACACCCCUUCAGAAGGCCCAAGUGGUAAACCUGGUGAAGAGGUACAAGAAGGUGGUGACACUGGCCAUCGGGGAUGGGGCCAAUGACAUCGGCAUGAUCAAAGCUGCCCAUAUCGGGGUUGGCAUCAGCGGCCAUGAGGGGAUGCAGGCCACGCUCAGCAGUGACUUCUCCUUCUGCCAGUUCCACUAUCUUCAGCGCCUACUCUUGGUGCAUGGCCGCUGGUCUUAUAAUCGCAUGUGCAAGUUUCUCAGCUACUUCUUUUACAAAAACUUUGCCUUUACCCUGGUGCACUUCUGGUACGCCUUCUUCAAUGGCUUCUCUGCACAGACAGUUUAUGACAUCUGGUUCAUCACCUUCUACAAUCUCAUCUACACCUCCCUCCCUGUCCUGGGCUUGAGUCUGUUUGAAAAGGAUGUGAAUGAAACAUGGAGUCUGUGUUACCCAGAGCUGUAUGAGCCAGGACAGCACAACCUGUACUUCAACAAGAAGGAAUUUAUGAAGUGUUUGCUGCAUGGUAUCUACAAUUCCUUCGUGCUGUUCUUUGUCCCUAUGGGGACUGUCUUCAACUCAGAGCGUAGAGAUGGAAAGGACAUCUCCGACUUCCAGUCCUUCUCCCUGAUAGUGCAGACCACCCUGAUCUGGGUCAUGACAAUGCAGAUUGCCCUGAGGACAACCUCCUGGACGAUGAUAAACCAUGCCUUCACGUGGGGUAGCCUGGGGCUUUACUUCUGCAUCUUACUCCUAUUGUGUAGUGAUGGCCUGUGUUUGAUGUUCCCCAGCAUCUUCAGCUUCCUCGGUGUGGCCAGGAACAGUCUUAGCCAGCCACAGAUGUGGCUGUGUCUCAUCCUCAGCACGGUCCUCUGUAUGGUUCCUUUGAUUGGAUACAAGUUUCUCAGACCACUACUCUGGCCCAUCAACGUUGACAAGGUUCUGAACAGGAUCCAUUUUUGCUUGAAACAUCCGAUGCCACCCCAAGUCCAGACCAAAAAAAAACACUCAAGCAAACGACGUUCUGCCUACGCGUUCUCCCACAAACAAGGCUUCGGGGCCCUCAUCACAUCUGGCAAAACGCAGAAAUCCAGUGCCUUGGCAAAAAACACUGUAAGAAGUAAAAAGUAGAUGCCCUUAGGGAAACCUCCCUCAGUCAGCCAUUGCUCUUCAUCCCUUCUGUUUAUGCAACUUAGUGAAAAAGGGAUUAGGGCCCCUCUGAGACCAGGGCUUCAGCUUCUCCAUUUCCCAGAAAGCUGUACCCAGGAAAGAUAAGAAAGAGGUAACAGCCCCUCAGCCAGGGCUGCAGCAUUUCACCAACAGGCAAGUCCAAGCCUCCCAGCAUUCCCUCCAGUUCUUAACCCAGACAAGCACAUGCAGAAGCCACGAAAAGAGAUGAGAAAGGAGGAGGAAGCUAGGGCCUAAGAAUCUUAGUCUGGGCCCCGUCUCUGCUAUACACAGAGCAACUGUAACCCUUCCCAGACCCCAGGUGACCAUGUUCCCACCCAGACACUAUUCUCAGACUUACCUGAAAUAUUCAGGGUGCCAGGGUGAGUAUUUUGUUGGCCCUGUGUAGCGAAGAAAAGAGUAGCUAUGAAGAGUUGGUCUUAAGAAGCUGAAUGAGAGUUUCUGGACCAAAUAGGGAAAAAAGAAGAAGAAGAAAAAGAAGAAAGGAAAGAAAAUGAAGGCUGGUCCUGCCCAGAUAGGACAGCUCAAAGUUUCGCCUUCCUGCCCUCUGAUCCCUCUGAUCUAAGAACUGGUACUUAUUCAAGCAUUAGAAGUAAGAGAUGCAGGGGAUUAAAAACAAUAAUUUCUUAAGGGGAUGUAAACCAUUGCUGCUGAGUGUUUGUCUUCUAUAAAAUUAUUUUGAGAAGUAAUAAUAUAUACUUUGUAUGUACUUGAAAAACUGUUUCUAACAAGUUUGUGGAAAGAUAAAUGGAGAAAUAAAUUGCUCGUUUUGAAGUGAA